AUGUAUCACUAUGCAAUCUUUGGAGAGAGGGGGCAGGAGUUUGAGGGAGAGAGGGGGCAGGAGUUUGAGGGAGAGAGGGAGCAGGAGUUUGAGGGAGAGAGGGAGCAGGAGUUUGAGGGAGAGAGGGAGCAGGAGUUUGAGGGAGAGAGGGAGCAGGAGUUUGAGGGAGAGAGGGAGCAGGAGUUUGAGGGAGAGAGGGAGCAGGAGUUUGAGGGAGAGAGGGAGCAGGAGUUUGAGGGAGAGAGGGAGCAGGAGUUUGAGGGAGAGAGGGAGCAGGAGUUUGAGGGAGAGAGGGAGCAGGAGUUUGAGGGAGAGAGGGAGCAGGAGUUUGAGGGAGAGAGGGAGCAGGAGUUUGAGGGAGAGAGGGAGCAGGAGUUUGAGGGAGAGAGGGAGCAGGAGUUUGAGGGAGAGAGGGAGCAGGAGUUUGAGGGAGAGAGGGAGCAGGAGUUUGAGGGAGAGAGGGAGCAGGAGUUUGAGGGAGAGAGGGAGCAGGAGUUUGAGGGAGAGAGGGAGCAGGAGUUUGAGGGAGAGAGGGAGCAGGAGUUUGAGGGAGAGAGGGAGCAGGAGUUUGAGGGAGAGAGGGAGCAGGAGUUUGAGGGAGAGAGGGAGCAGGAGUUUGAGGGAGAGAGGGAGCAGGAGUUUGAGGGAGAGAGGGAGCAGGAGUUUGAGGGAGAGAGGGAGCAGGAGUUUGAGGGAGAGAGGGAGCAGGAGUUUGAGGGAGAGAGGGAGCAGGAGUUUGAGGGAGAGAGGGAGCAGGAGUUUGAGGGAGAGAGGGAGCAGGAGUUUGAGGGAGAGAGGGAGCAGGAGUUUGAGGGAGAGAGGGAGCAGGAGUUUGAGGGAGAGAGGGAGCAGGAGUUUGAGGGAGAGAGGGAGCAGGAGUUUGAGGGAGAGAGGGAGCAGGAGUUUGAGGGAGAGAGGGAGCAGGAGUUUGAGGGAGAGAGGGAGCAGGAGUUUGAGGGAGAGAGGGAGCAGGAGUUUGAGGGAGAGAGGGAGCAGGAGUUUGAGGGAGAGAGGGAGCAGGAGUUUGAGGGAGAGAGGGAGCAGGAGUUUGAGGGAGAGAGGGAGCAGGAGUUUGAGGGAGGGAGAGAGCAGGAGUUUGAGGGAGGGAGAGAGCAGGAUGAAGAAAAUGAAGUCCACGAUGAACAUGGGCAGCUACAUGAAGCCAAGAUGACGAAGGGUUAA